AUGACUAACCCACAAGACAAUCCUGGAACUCCUCCAUCACCAUCUCCCUCAAAUUCAUCCAUACCUCCUUCACCCAGUACAUCUCCAAAACCUAGAUUGCGUAGGGUGAAAAUGCUUGCUCGAAAGACUGUAGCGUCUGGGGCUCUGAGGAAGAAAUUAAAUGAAACGUUGAAGGGAAUCCAAGACCAAAACUCCAGCUCCAGCUCUGAUUCUGAAUCAUAUCAAUCCGCUAUUGAGGGGGAAGCACCUAGGUCUUCUAACUCUGAAAAGACUCAAGAAUCUCCAUCUAAGAGAGAUGAACCUGUUUCAUCUACUGAAAAGACCCUAGCAGACCUACUGAAAGAGGUUGGGGCAAGCUAUGACCCAAAGAAACGCAGAACUCUCAUAACAAAAGCCCCCAAUGUUCCUAAACCUUCCAAGAAAAUAAAGGCUUCAUCCCCAACACCUACUACUUCUUCACUGCCAAGGGAUAGAGCCACAAGAAAUAGGGUGAAACAAAGUGAAACUGAUCCACAAAGGGCUUUAAAAGAGAGUAAGAAAAAGAAAAUGUAUAAAGGAAAGGGAAAAAUUGCAGAAUCCUCAAAGGCUGUUGAGGAAGAGGAGAUAGAACUGGUCCAUCAAGAAAGAGGUACAUCAGUGGAGGUUCUUACCCCCAAGCCUAAAAAGCCCAAGACCUCCUUCAAGAAGUCUUCCUCUGUGUCUGAGGCUGUUGAACCUACACUGGCCAAGAGGACAAGAUCUGUAGUGAAAAACAAACAAUCAAAAAUUUCUGAAGAUGAUGACUAG